AUGGCGGUCCUUUCCAAGACAGCCCCGGUCUGGGCUGACAACCGCCAGGCUCUUUGCGACAGCGUGGGCUACUACAAGGCGCACGAGAGCAGCAUGUACACCAACUCAAAGAUCGCCCGAGGCAUUCUGAUCAACAAGCAUGUCUCUGUGCGCGAUAUGCUUAGUGCCGAGGUCGUCAUCACUACUAUCGGAGGUGGACGAAAGAAGAAUGACGAUGGAGUCUACGUUCGAACUGAGUCUGGCGCAGCUACUGAGGGUCUUGUCAAGGCUGCUAUCGCUGCCAAGGAGCAGUAUCUGCCUAUCGCAGUCAUUCUUGGUGACCAGUAUCCCCUGGCAUCUUUCAAGCCCAAUCAUGUCUACAGUGUGCUGGACUUCUUCUCCAUCACCGACAUCUGGUCUGAGAUUGACACCAGCACCUCCGAGGGUGUUUCGAUCUGGAAGGUUCGGCUCGAGAAGACAGACCGGAGCACGCCAUCUUGGUGGGAACCCGAGGCUCAGCCAACUUCUUUGACCCCUGGUUUCCCCCAGAUGCCGCGCACAUGCACGAGCUGCAACACCGAUUCUAACCAGAUCUUCUCUCAGGCCUGGACUUGUCUGAAUGGCAGGUGCGACGCAGCGUUUGUUUUCGCCUCCAACAUCAGCGUUCAAGAUCUUACCUUCGCCUCGCCCUGCGCCGCUCACUUGGCCUGGUGUAGACAUUGCCAUGUGGGUAGCAAGACGAUCUUUGUUGAUGGAUGGGCUUGCCUCAACAAGACUUGCGAGGCUUACUUCGAGUUCCCCACUGGAGUCGUCAAGGAGUCUCUGACUUACUCAGAGAACUUUCUCCAGGAGCGGACCAACAAUUUCCUCCCAGCUGGAUUCCUCUUGAAGCCCAACCUUCCUGGCACAGCGGCGAACGGCUCCCUGGGAACGGAGAAGUGCAUGCGGGUUGGCAUGGUCUGCCCCAAGUGUGGCUGCUGCUCGAGACGCAAGUUUUGGACAGGCUGGGCUUACGAGGCCUCAGACUGCGACUUCAUCUUGGAUGCCAAGCCUGCACCUUACCCGUUGAGCCAUGUUCACGCCGAGGAAGAUCGUACUUCCAAAAUGGUCUUCUCAAAGCCUUGGACUGCCACCCCUCAGAUCUUGCAGAAGACCUACACUGCGAAUGGAUACACCGCCGAGCAGUAUCUCCUUCCUGAUCCCAUCAAGAACUCGGUAGUUCUUGGAUCUGUGACCGUCUUCCGUUCGACCAGGGCCAUCAACGCUGAAGUGGGCGGCCCGGACGACAUGUGGCUCAACCUUCUCCAUGAGACAGCCACGAACGACUUUGGCCUUCAGCGAAAGCCUGCCAUCCACCCUAACCACCCGAGCGAGAAGCUUACCCGCCACUUCAUGCAGAACUGGGGUGCUCCCUACAAGUUCGCUGUUGCAGUCGCUUCGAAGCCCUUCAGUGAUGCGCCCAACUCCAUCAUUGGUGCCCUCAAGCGGAUGCAAUGGGCUGGCAGAAUCACUGUCGACAAGACCAACGCCUCAUUCCGAGAGGCAAACAUGAACGCGGUUCGAUGCGGAACCAUCUCUGAGGAGUUCGUCGACUUCAACGAGGUGCUGUCUCUGGGAUACAUGGAGCAGGACAGAAUCAGCUUCCACGAUGAUGGUGAGGACACCCUGGGCCCUACAGUGGCCACCCUCUCUCUGGGCAGCCCUGCGCAGAUGCUCUUCCGCUCCAAGAAGAAGUACAUGGGAGUCAAGAAGGACAACCUCCCCUGCCUCAAGUUCCCUGUCCGCCACGGAGAUAUGGUGGUGAUGCACGGAACUCGCAUCCAUCAGGCAUACGAGCACUCGGUCGACCCCAAGGGUAUGCGUCGCUUCGCUCUGACGUCUCGCAACAUCGUCCUUGACACGCUGGAUGAAGAGAAGCGGGCCGAUGCCAUUCAGAAGAGCAUCCUGCCUGACCUCCCAGCCGACUGGGACUACCCCAAGCCUUCCCAGUCUAGGAAGCGUGCCAACGACGAGGCCGGCGUCACUGCCGCCAACAAGAAAGCUAAGACCAAGGCUUAA